AUGAUCUUAUUACUAAAUGAGAUAGUUAAUUUAGUAAAAGAAAUUGAUAUUGCAGUUUACGAAGUAAUAAUGAUAUUAAAAUUUUAGGUUUGGCAUUCAGGAAAUUUUUCAAUUGUAUUUUUACACUCCAAUAAUUUUGGAUAUAAAUUUUGA